AUGACUGAAAAAGAGAACUCGGCUCCUCGCCCUCCCCCCCUCCUAUGUCUCGGUGCUGCUCGCACAGGCACAGCAUCUCUCAUGGAAGCCCUUCGAAUCCUAGGCCUUGAAAACGUUCACCACGGCUGGGAAGUCUCAGAGCGCGAAGAUCAGCAAUGGCAAUGGCGCAUUUUCGACCGUGCAGCCGACGCCACGUUCCCCAACAUUCCCACAUACAACGGCAAAGGAUUCUCACGCGCAGAAUGGGAUGAAGUUUUUGGAAGCUACGAAGCUGUAUCAGAUGUAGCUUCUUUCUUUGCAGAAUCUUUAAUCCCAGCAUAUCCCGAUGCAAAAGUCAUUCUCGUCGAACGCGACAUUGAGAAAUGGUACAAGAGCGUUCUCAUGAUUUUCGAACCAGCUCAAAGUGCAUUCUAUCGAAAUCUUGGAGAAACAGUUGGGAAAUGGGCUGGUUAUGACAAUGCGAAAGCUAGUUUCAAGAUGCAUCAGGGUUGGACAAAGGCGCCUACUCCAGAGACCACGGUUGAGCAUCUAAAGGAAGCAUAUAUCGGACACAACAGGUACAUUCGAGAAAAUGUACCCGCAGAUCAACUUUUGGAUUUUCAGCUUUCGCAGGGUUGGGAGCCUUUGUGUCGGUUUUUGGGAAAGCCGAUUCCUGAUGUGCCGUUUCCUCAUGCUAAUGAUUCGGCGGCGUACAAGGCUAGGGGUAAGAAGUUGACUAGGAAGAUGAUGGGUAGAGCUGCGAGGAACUUUUUCUUUCCUUGUUUUCAGAAGAAGUUUUGA